AUGUUCAGCAAGACCACCGCCCUCACCCUCACCGUGCUCCUCGCCACCGGCGCCCUCGCCUCCCCAGUCGACAACACUGCGGCGGCAGGAGAGAAGCGCCAGAGCUGCCCCGGCGUACACGUCUUCGGGGCGCGCGAGACGACAGCCAGCCCAGGCUACGGCACAGCGGCAUCGGUGGUCAGCGCCAUCGUGGCGGCGCAUUCGGGCGCCACUUCGGAGGCCAUCUCGUACCCGGCGUGCGGUGGUCAGGCGUCGUGCGGUGGCAUCAGCUAUGCCGACUCUGUAUCGCAGGGCACGAGUGCUGUUGUCACUGCCGUGAGCAAUUAUGCGAAACAGUGCCCUAGCACGGAGCUUGUGCUUGUUGGAUACUCCCAGGGUGCUGAGAUCUUUGAUGCGGCCCUGUGUGGCGCCACGGGCAGUGGUGGCUCCAUCGCCUCGUACAACAUCAAGGCAGCCAUCUUCAUGGGCGAUCCGCGGUUCAAGGCCGGCGCUCCCUACAACGUCGGCACUUGCACGGCGGGCGGGUUCGACCAGCGCUCUGGAUCUUGUGGCAACUAUAACGCUCAAAUUCAGUCUUAUUGCGAUUCUGCUGAUCCUUACUGCUGCAAUGGGAAUAAUGCUGCUGUUCACCAGGGCUACGCGAGCGAGUAUGGUUCCCAGGCCGAGUCUUUUGUCAAUAGCAAGCUGUAG